AUGACGCAAGGGAACACUACAUGGUUUAAAAUUAAGAUUGGUGUGUGCAGCUACCGGCGUUUUCUCAAGCUGUGUGAGGAGUGGCCAGUGGACGAGACCAAACGAGGCCGGGACUUGGGCGCUUAUCUGCGGCAGUGGGUAGCCCAGGUCUUUCAGGAGGGAGAGAACACGCAGAUUGCAGAGCCUGAGACCUGUGAUCAAAUGUACAAGAGCUUAGCACGACUCCAUUCAAACUAUUACAAGCACAAGUGCCCACGCUCCAGAGAAACAAGCUUCAGCGGCCUGUCCUUGGAAGAGUACAAGCUCAUUCUGUCCACAGAGGCCUUGGAAGAAUUUAAUGAAAUGAAUAAAGGCAUGUGGAAGAAACUGCAGCAGAAGUUUGCCCCCCAGAAUCCUGAGGACAUGCACAAGGCCUGGGCCCGGUCCUUAUCUCGCCCACGUACAUGA